GCCCGAGACGGGGAGCUCGGCGGUGCCCCCGCACCUCCCCCCAUCGCCCCCGCCCGUCUCACUCCGUCCCCACCCUGGGCCCCAGGGCAGAUCGACAGCCGGGAACAGUCCUCGAUCGCAUGCCCAGGCUGGGGAGACCGACUCCCAGCACCGCGUUUCCCUGUGACCCUACAGCCGCCCAGAAGACGUGCUAUUCUUUCCUGCAUCAUCAGGCGUCUGAGAGGCACCCUAAGGUGACUCCUCUCCGAGCCUGUUAGUAGGUCGUCAUGACAGAGACAAAGCCAUGAAAGUGAAUGGGUCAGGAGUGACCAGCCCAGGCAAGGUCCCCCUGGCCAAGAUGUCAGGCCUGGUGUUGGGGCAGCGGGAUGAGCCUGCAGGGCACCGGCUCAGCCAGGAGGAGAUCCUGGGAAGCACUCGGCUGGUGAGCCAAGGGCUGGAGGCCCUACACAGUGAACAUCAGGCUGUCCUGCAGAGUCUAUCCCAUACCAUUGAGUGUCUGCAGCAGGGAGGCCAUGAAGAAGGACUGGUGCAUGAGAAGGCCCGGCAGCUGCGACGUUCCAUGGAAAACAUCGAGCUGGGGCUGAGUGAGGCCCAGGUGAUGCUGGCUUUGGCCAGCCACCUGAGCACGGUGGAGUCGGAGAAACAGAAGCUGCGGGCUCAGGUACGGAGGCUGUGUCAGGAGAACCAGUGGCUCCGGGAUGAGCUGGCAGGCACCCAGCAGCGGCUCCAGCGCAGCGAACAGGCCGUGGCCCAGCUGGAGGAGGAAAAGAAGCACCUGGAGUUCCUGGGCCAGCUGCGCCAGUAUGAUGAGGAUGGGCACACUGCGGAGGAGAAGGAGGGUGAUGCCACCAAGGAUUCCCUGGAUGAUCUCUUCCCCAAUGAGGAAGAAGAAGACUCCAGCAACGGCUUGUCCCGUAGCCAGGGCGCCCAGCACAGUGGAUAUGAGAUCCCAGCGAGGCUGCGGACCCUGCACAACUUAGUGAUCCAGUACGCAGCCCAGGGUCGCUAUGAGGUGGCCGUGCCACUCUGUAAGCAGGCACUGGAGGACCUGGAGCGCACGUCUGGCCGUGGCCACCCUGAUGUCGCAACCAUGCUCAACAUCCUUGCUCUGGUGUAUCGGGACCAGAAUAAGUAUAAGGAAGCUGCCCACCUGUUGAAUGACGCCCUCAACAUCCGGGAGAGCACCCUGGGCCGGGACCAUCCUGCUGUGGCUGCCACACUCAACAAUCUGGCUGUGCUCUAUGGCAAAAGGGGCAAAUACAAGGAGGCCGAACCACUGUGCCAGCGUGCACUGGAGAUUCGAGAAAAGGUCCUGGGCACUGACCACCCAGAUGUGGCAAAGCAGCUGAACAACCUGGCCCUGUUGUGCCAAAACCAGGGCAAGUAUGAGGCCGUGGAGCGCUAUUACAGGCGGGCCCUGGCUAUCUAUGAGGGGCAGCUGGGACCGGACAACCCUAAUGUAGCCCGGACCAAGAACAACCUGGCUUCCUGUUACCUGAAACAGGGCAAAUAUGCUGAGGCUGAGACGCUCUAUAAAGAGAUUCUGACCCGUGCGCAUGUGCAGGAGUUUGGGUCUGUGGAUGAUGACCACAAGCCCAUCUGGAUGCAUGCAGAGGAGCGGGAGGAAAUGAGCAAAAGCCGACACCGAGAGGGUGGCACACCCUACACUGAGUACGGAGGCUGGUACAAGGCCUGCAAAGUGAGCAGCCCCACAGUGAACACUACUCUGAGAAACCUCGGAGCUCUGUACAGGCGCCAGGGAAAGCUGGAGGCAGCCGAGACCCUAGAAGAAUGUGCCCUACGCUCCCAGAAACAGGGCACUGACCCUAUCAGCCAAACCAAGGUGGCUGAGCUGCUUGGGGAAGGUGAUAGUGGAAGGACCUCUCAGGAGGGCCCUGGGGGCAGUGUGAAGUUUGAGGGAGGUGAAGACGCUUCUGUGGCCGUGGAAUGGUCAGGGCAGCAACAUGAAGCGGGCAGCCUCCUUAAACUAUCUGAAUCAACCCAGUGCAGCACCCCUCCAGGUCUCCCGGGGCCUCAGUGCCAGCACUACGGAUCUCUCUUCAAGCAGCUGACAUUCAACCCACCCCCCCAGGUCUGCUGGGUCUCCCCCCACAGCCCUCUCAGCAUUCCCUAUUGCUCCUGGCUCUUCCAAUCCCAAGGUGGGACAGGGAAGGGAGAGCAGUUAACCAGAAGAUUGCUGCUGCCCGUAGGGUCUUGGCUCCCUCCUCAGGAAUUCCCCUCAGGAAGGACCCUCAGGACACCCUCUCCUCAUAGUCCUCUAGAGUAGCUAGCUCUGAGGCCCCCAAGAUGCUUAAGGAGCAGGCACGCAUCUCAGAGAUGGAGCCUGCUGCUGGCUUUUCGGUCAGAGGGUUUGGAGCUGGCCAGCCAAGCUGCCUUGCUCUGGCCUCUCUUGUUCCCUCUGCUGCCUCACUUCAGGUCCGUGUAUUUCACUUUUCUUAAAUAAAAGAAUCAGGUAA